AUGGGAGCCUCCCUCGUUCAUUCUUCCGUGCAUUCCUUCUCCUUUCUAGAAGGCCGCAGCAGCGAGAAUGCAUGGCUGCCCCGCUGCCUCCGGCGCGCGCGCUUAAUACCGAGCGCGCUGCUUUUGCAGAGCAAGUACUUCUCUCCCGUUCAUCCUUCCCGUUGCUUAUCAGAGAGGCCCCUUUUCGCACGCUCCUUCCCCACUUCUCAUCCCGAGCGGAGCUUUGCUUUCAUUGCCCUGCCGUCGGGCGAUGACCUGGCGGCGGAUCCUCUGGCGUCGCACAUAAGAUGGGCGAGCAGCUGCAAGAUGCACAUCGCCUGCUCCCAUCCUCCGCCCCCAGAUUGCCAGUAUUUUGAUUUGUUAGCAUGCCUUUGA